GCAGCCCCGUCUCUCCCUGCAUGCACUUGUUUCCUCAGUCAAGGAGAAACUAAUUGGAGGAAAGAAUAGAAGAAAAGGAGCUGUUGGAAAACUAAGCGAAACCAAAACUUUACUUCUCUGCAGCAUGCCACAGAAAGAUUUCAGGAGUCAAACAAGCUGGGAGACGGGCGUCGCCUCCAUGAUGCAAAACAAGGUCCAUGCUGUCUGCAGUGAAGGUCACAGUGGAAUAAACCAGCUUGGAGGUGUGUUUGUGAAUGGGAGACCUUUACCUGAUUCGACCAGGCAGAAGAUAGUGGAGCUGGCGCACAGUGGAGCUCGACCUUGUGACAUAUCCAGAAUACUGCAGGUGUCAAACGGCUGUGUAAGUAAGAUCUUGGGUCGGUAUUACGAGACAGGUUCGAUUCGUCCCCGGGCCAUAGGAGGGAGUAAACCAAGGGUGGCAACUACAGAGGUGGUGGGGAAGAUCGCUCAGUACAAGAGGGAGUGUCCGUCCAUCUUCGCCUGGGAGAUCAGAGACCGACUGCUGGCAGAGGGAGUUUGCACCAGUGACAAUAUACCCAGUGUGUCCUCAAUAAAUCGAGUCCUCAGGAAUCUGGCCAGUGAUAAGCAGCAAAUGGGCACAGUGGGAGCUGAAGGGAUGUUCGACAAACUCAAGAUGCUCAAUGGACAAACCACCUGGGCAGGACGCUCAGGGUGGUACUCUGGGACUACGCUCACUACUACUGAGUGUCCACAGGCAGAGGCAGGAGACAACGCCAUAUCGGUCAGUCCCAACUGCGAGGACUCGGAGGAGACUCAGAUGAGGCUUCAGCUGAAGAGAAAACUGCAGAGGAACAGAACGUCAUUCACACAGGACCAGAUAGAAGCACUGGAGAAAGAGUUUGAAAGGACUCACUAUCCAGAUGUGUUUGCCCGAGAACGCCUUGCCAACAAAAUAGACCUUCCAGAGGCCAGAAUACAGGUUUGGUUUUCCAAUAGACGAGCCAAGUGGAGAAGAGAGGAGAAGCUCAGAAAUCAACGUCGUCAAGUGUCCAACUCCUCCAACCACAUUCCCAUCAGCAGCAGCUUCAACCCCAGUGUUUACCAGCCGAUUCCACAACCUACCACUCCAGUGUCCUUCUCAUCAGGAACCAUGUUGGGAAGGUCAGACCCAGUUCUGUCCAACAGCUACAGCCUAGCAGCCAUGCCCAGCUUCAGUAUGGCUGCCAGCCUGCCUAUGCAAGCAUCCAGCCAGCCCUCUUAUUCCUGCAUGCUGCCCACCAGCCCCACUUUAAAUGGAAGAAGUUAUGAGACAUAUACUCCUCCACACAUGCAGCCACACAUCAACAGCCAGUCAGUGACGUCCUCUGCAACAUCGUCAACAGGUCUGAUUUCCCCUGGUGUCUCCGUUCCGGUCCAAGUUCCAGGAAAUGAAGCGGACAUGUCACAGUACUGGCCACGCCUGCAGUGAUGUCAUUUCCCGGACCAGGAAAUCCCUUUUUUGAGAUGACUGCUGCAAUACAACUGCAUGGGUCCGAGCGUGAUCUACCCCCGAAUCCACUGCUUGAAUGUAAAGACGGAGCUGAAGCAGACUUCCCUGCAGCAAAAUGAAUAUGAAGGAAUUACUGUCAUUAAUGUUUGCGAGAGAAAAUGUUCAAACCGAAUUCUGGAGACAAGCAUGGACACAAGUACUCUCCCCAAUGAAAGGAUUUUAAAAUUUACUCUAAAUCAGUACCAACGCAGCCACUGUACAACCGGAUCUAAGUUCCUUUGGAGAUCCGUCGCUACAUAAUCCCCAGCUGCCUGGAAAGUGUCGUCGAUGAGGACACUUUGGCACGAGACCAGAGAGAAAAGCUCUUGCCUGAGGAGGAUCAGGAAGGUGGACGUAUCCCCACAACUGUCAGUUCCUAAUUGAUAUCAUGUCGGUGGAUUUGUAGUAACACAAAAAAAACCUACUGAAAAUAAAGGGAUGGACUUAAUAAAUGAACUGUGAAGUUGUAUCAUCAGCAGAUUCCAAGGGAUCUGCACGGGGCCGUGUAUAGACUUUCAAUUCUGUUGAUAUGUGUUUGGUAUUGUAAAAAAAGAAAACUAUUUGGUUGUGAUCUGUUUACUGGCAUGGACUGCCAGUUAAAACGAAUGUUUACGGAAGAGGUUCGAGGGGGGGGGGGGGGGGUCUCACUCUGUUUUAAUCACACGUGUCCAUAAACAUUACAGCAGGACAUCUAUUGAAAGACCGGAAGCAAAAGCAACACCCUGCUAGCUUAUAAAAAGUGAACAUCGGCUCGCGUCAGGGAUGUGAAUCUGUUUUUAAUUUUAAAGUGUAAAGUAUUUGUCUUCUCCAGUGAUCUGGGAGUGUUAUUAAAAUGAUUUCAUUUAUAUUACA